AUGGAUCCCUCUUUUAUUCAGUCACCGUUCUCCGGCUUCUCGCCGGAAUAUUCUCCGGAAUCUUACUCAUCCUCGUCUUCCAACAGCUUUUCUCUCCCCUUCGACGAGAACGACUCAGAAGAAAUGCUUCUCUACGGCUUAAUCGAGCAAUCCGCGCACCAAAGCCUCAUUGAAUCUGAUCAUCAAGACCUUCCAACAAAAUCCGAGGAAGAGACUGGAACUUCGAGGAAGUCAGAGAAGUCAUACAGAGGCGUAAGACGACGGCCAUGGGGGAAAUUCGCGGCGGAGAUAAGAGAUUCGACACGAAACGGUAUUCGGGUUUGGCUCGGGACGUUCGAAAGCGCGGAAGAAGCGGCUCUUGCCUACGACCAAGCUGCUUUCUCGAUGAGAGGCUCGUCGGCGAUUCUAAAUUUUCCGGCGGAGAGAGUUCAAGAGUCGCUCUCGGAGUUGAAGUACAGCUACGAAGAAGGGUGUUCUCCGGUUGUGGCGUUGAAGAGGAAACACUCGAUGAGACGGAGAAUGACCAAUAGGAAGACGAAAGACACUGACUUUGAUCACCGCUCAGUGAAGUUAGAUAAUGUCGUCGUGUUUGAGGAUUUGGGAGAACAGUACCUUGAGGAGCUUUUGGGCUCUUCUGAAAAUAGUGGGGCCUGGUGA